AUGGGAUCCAACUAUGGUUACGCCCAUUGGUAUGAGGCUUCACCACCCCAAGACUAUGGGUCGCCAUCUGCGGAUCCUUUCGACUAUCACCAGUCCGUAUCUCUCGCCCGGUACCCCAGCUCGUCGGGAAGCUCUCAGACAUCCUCUAUUCCCGACUCUCCCUUGGAUCUGUACACCCUCCACGACUCGACCAUGGGAGAUCCCGCCUACCAGCAACACCAAUAUCUCACCUCUGCCCCCAGCGCUCCCGGCCGCGACUGGCCCGUCUUCUGCCUCUCGUCCGGCUGCAAUGCACGCCCGUUCAGGCGUUGCGCCGAUCUCCAGAGGCACUACAGGAACACGCACGCGCCGGAAUCGCUCAAGGACAGCUACUGGUGCGACUACCCGCAGUGCACCCGCUCCCGCGAGCCUUUCCACCGCCGCGAUCACUUCCGCGACCACCUGCGUGAGUUCCACCGCGAGGACAUCCAGAAGCGCGGCGAUACCGUCAACGAGGACUGGCUCGAGGGCCGCUAUCUCCCGUCCACCUGGUGGCGAUGCCAUCGCUGUCUCGUCCGCGUUUACAUCUCCCGGCACGGCUUCGAGUGCCCGGGGUGUAAGACGUCGUGCGAGCCCAAGCGCAAGGAGAAGCGUCGAAACAAGACUUGA